UCACCGUUCCGCGGCACAAUCCUGCUGCUCUCGGACGGGCCCAGUAUCACCACGGAGUUCGGAGCUAACACACGUCUCUCGGAUAUUUACUUACCCUGCACUACUUCCCAAAAACCUGCGCGUUUGACACCGGUGGAAACUUCAUAUUCCUGUUCACGUACCCUCAGGGGCCGGACGCAAGCUGUCUUUGACGAUGCUUUACUGUCUGCUGGCUCUCGUGACACUCGUGCUACUGGGCGCGGACGCCAGGCGCGGGGAAACGACGUUCGGGAACAACAACAACAAUGGGAACCCAUUGGACAACGACAAGUGGAUGAGCACCGUGUCUCAAUACGACAAGGACAGAUACUGGAACAAAUUCCGAGACGAGGUUGAGGAUGACUUCAGGAGCUGGACUCCAAGCAAGCCGGCAGACUCAGACACAAAGGCCCGAGCCGGGAGGAACGUAGAACCGGGACCAAAGAGCCACUCGGCACCGGGGAAGUGGAAGAUAGAUGAUGGAGGUUUGGACAUCACCAAGGAUCCUUGUCUGAAAGUACGCUGCCCACCGCACAAGGUGUGUGUCAGCCACGACUACCAGACAGCCAUCUGCACCAAUCACAAGCAGGUACCCCACAGCAGUGUGAAGGCCAAAAGAGGGAGCGUGGCCCAUAAGCAGCAUAAGCUGGCCGAGGUGAAUCAUGGGAAAUGUAGGCCCUGCCCCGCCCUCCAAGCUAACCCAGUGUGUGGCUCAGAUGGACACACCUACACAUCCAAGUGUAAACUGGACUUCCAGGCCUGUACCUCUGGCAAGAGCCUGCUGGUGAAAUGUGAGGGGCCCUGUCCCUGUCUGCCUGGACAGGAACUGAUCAAACACCACAGUGAAAAAUCUGCAUGUACAGACAGUGACCUGCGCAGCCUGGCCUCCCGCCUCAAAGACUGGUUCGGAGUUCUGCACCAGGACGCCAACAGAGACCUCAAGACGUCCAGUGACAGCUCACAAGGCCACUUUGACACCAGCAUCCUGCCCAUCUGCAAGGACUCACUGGGCUGGAUGUUCAACAAGCUGGACAUGAACUACGACUUGCUGCUGGACCACACCGAGCUGAGCGCCAUCUACCUGGACAAGUACGAGCUGUGCAUGCGGCCGCUCUUCAACUCCUGCGACUCCUUUAAAGACGGCAAGCUCUCCAACAACGAGUGGUGCCUCUGCUUCCAGAAACCAGAGGGUCUUCCGUGCCAGAACGAAAUGAACAGGAUUCAGAAUCAAAGCCGACGGAAGCCUCUAUUAGGGGCCUCUAUUCCCAGGUGUACUGAUGAGGGCUACUAUAAGGCCACUCAGUGCCAUGGGAGUCAGUGCUGGUGUGUGGACAAAUAUGGCAAUGAGAUCGCCGGCUCCAGGAAGCAAGGCAACCCCACCUGUGCAGAGGAAGACCAGGAGACAUCUGGAGAUUUUGGCAGUGGAGGCGCUGUGAUUUUACUGGACGACCAGGAGGAGGAGGAGGAGCCCCGCAUGAGUGGGCGUGUCCGACAGAAGGAGAGACGAGGCAGACUCCGUCCCCGCGGCGCGAUUGAGGAUGAUGAGGAUGAAGACGAUGACAAAGAUGACGAGAUUGGCUACCUGUAGUAGCUCUGCCCAUCUCUUUCUCUUUAUCUGUUUCUAUCUAUCCCUCUCUCUUUCAUUGGCCUACCAGGGACCCCAGUUCAACUGCACAGAUCUAAAGCCAUUCCUCCUCUUUUCCUCAACCAUUAUUCAUCCAUUCUUUCUCUCUCUAUCUCCUUUUUUCCCAUAGUUCUCUGUUUCUUCCCCCUGUGUUAGUUCGCUCUUGUUUUGCCCUUUUUUUCCAUUUGCCCCCAUCUCUCUCUACCGAUUCCAAUUCUUCUACUCACAAUUAUGGGACUCUAUGGAAUCAGUAAAGACUCUUUUGUGACCUUUUGUGACCUUUAAGCCAGUACAGCUAAACGAGUAUGUCCCUGCUUCUCUUCACAAUUCUCAAUGGAACCUCUUCCCACUCUUCUUGUCAUCCACUCUCUAUGGUCUCUGUCACUCUAACUUGAGCUCUUUGUCUCUCUUCACUCCUGUCUCUAUAACUCCUUUGCUCUAUACCUCUCUCUAUCUCUCUCUCUCUAUCUCCCUCUCUCUCAGUCUCUCAGUCUGUCUUCUAGUCUGACUGACGCCAGAGAGGUUUUGGAUGUAUAUAUUUUAACCUCCUUCAGAUAGGCAGCAUUUGCUCUUGCCUCUCUCCUGAUUAUCUCAAAGGAGGCGUUCUCACACAAAUGCGUCAGGAGAACCCCGUAGAACGCCAGUCCUCCUCUUUUACAGCAUGUUCCGGGUGCUCUUAAGGUCGAGGUUAUAGAGAGCGUUCAGUGAGACCUACAGUGGGUUCUGUUUUGUUUGUCUAUUUUUAUUUAUUAAUUUUGAAUGCAUGUCUGCCCAUUGUGAAGGGGGGAUAAGAGGCUUGGGUUGGCAGCUUGACUUUGUUUUGUUUUGUUUUGUUUUGUUUUUCAGAAAAACAAGAAAUAUAGUCAAGUCUCACUGUCUCAAAGAACAAGAUGCAUUUUUAAGUUUGCGAUACAGAUGACGUUUGCUGCUCCGCUGCAUCCUCUGUUGCUUAUUUCUGAUGCCUCAGCCUUCCUGUUUGUUUUGAUCCUGUGUCUUCUUCGUCCACCUCCUUCUCCUCCUCCUCCUUUAAAGACAAACAAUAUUUUUUCCGUGGGAGACAUUUUGUCCUUGAGACAGAGGACGCUUAUCUACUAGACAACACUGACAAACUCGGGAUCAGAAACUCAUUCAGUCGCCAAUUUUCUCUUUGUUGUUGUGGAAGAGUGUUUUCUGCGGCUCUUAAAGGUUGUUUUCUAUUGUCCACCUUGAGAAGGAUGGUUUUGGCAUCUUUGCCCUUUUUGCUUGGGGAUGUUCAUUUUGCUUUUUGUGUGUUUGGUAGUGUGUUUUUCCUCGCCAUGGAUGACCUGAGAAGGUGUAGCGGACAUUUUCAGUAGGAACGGCACAAAUCAGUUGGUCAUUCGUCUUGCCCUUUUCAAAGCUACACAAAGACCUUUCUUCAGAAAUGAAUUGUAAAGUAAAGCUGCAGAAGUGACUGAAAGAAAAUGUUCCAUUACUAUCUGCCGUAAAAGAAGGGGGAAAACGAUAUUGUGUUGUGCUCUUUGGUAGACCCCCUGUCAUUGCUAAAAGGGGGAAAUGUUUGUGCACCAGUUUAAAUGUCAGGGAAAAGCUAUUUAGGAGAUACGAGAGAACUUUCUAGAGUGCAUUUAGGGUCUCUUCAUUCAAGUUUCACAGAGAAUGUCUCAUGGUAACAUCCACACAACCUGCUGGAGAGUCAAUUACAAGUGACAAAUGAACACUAAGGUUAGCGAGAGCAUCUACAGUGCUAUCUGUAUGCGCAGCUCCAUUCAACUUAAAAUGGCUGCCCCAGAUGACUGAAAGUAUUGAUGUAGGCUAUGUGAGUUUCUCACUCACUUACUCUCUCUCUCUCUUCUCUCUCUCUCUCUUUCUCUCUCUUUCUGUCUUUCUCCACCCAUGUGUGUGUGUGUCACAGGCUAGUAUUUCUGUCGUCUCAUAAAUCUCUUUAUGACUAUUCAUUACCAGGCUCAUAUCGCAACAGCAGCAGGUAAUCGAUGCAUAGCAUUAGCCCUCUGCGGCGCGGAGCUUGUUAAGCAGCGUUCGCUGAUUUAGUGAGGGGCGUUCAGGCGCAGGCGACACUAAGUCCGAGCGGCAGACCCGAAAUCAAAACCCCCUGCUUUUAAUUAGUGGGAUUUGAGGAAAUGCAGACUUGAUGUCAUUUGAUCUAUGGAUGCGAGCCAUUGAGUUAACCAAGAUCAACAGCACCAUAGGCCGAUCUGCCGCGGAUAAAAUGAGUAUCUCACGUCCACCGGCUCUCUCUUUCUCUCUCUCUCUCUCUCUCUCUCUCUCUCUCUCUCCUCUCUCUCUCUCCUCUCUCUCUCUUUCUCUCUCUCUCUCCUCUCUCUCUAUCUCUCUCUCUCUCUCUCUCUCUCGCAGCCUCCGGUUCACAGUAUUUUUCUGUUUCCCUGAGUCAAUCUUCAUUGUUCACUCUUCACUUUCUAGGGAGGUUUCAGCUCCCUUGCAUUCCCUUAGUUUUGUUGUUUUGUUUCUCUCCUUGCAUUUGUUGGAGUGCAUUAGGGCCUAGUGUGUGUGUGUGUGUGUGUGUGUGUGUGUGUGUGUGUGUGUGUGUGUGUGCGCGUGCGUGCGUGUGUGUGACCAUGGUCAUCAGCAUUUUAAGCGUGCAAGUCAAAGGGCAGCCCCACGGGGGUGAGAGGAGCAUUUCCUGUGGGCUCCUGCGUCUCCACGGAGAGGGAUGAUACGGCUGGUGAUCAGGGGAGCACAAGGGGCUGAUGGGUAAUAGGAGGCCAUUAGACGCCUGGGGAUGGAGGCUUUCAUCUUGCCCGACCUCCCACAGGACCCUGCAAAGUGAAAAGAAGCCUUAAAGAGGGAUAUUAUGUUGGCUUCAGCAAUUCUACUCUCUCUCUCUCUCUCUCUCUCUGCUCUUUCUCUCAUGUACUCAUUCUUUCCUUUUCUUCACCUUUUCAAUUCUACUCUCUCUCUCUCUCUCUCUCUCUGCUCUUUCUCUCAUGUACUCAUUCUUUCCUUUUCUUCACCUUUUGUUACUCUUACUGUCACAGUAUUUUUCUCUCGCUGUUCCCUGUCAAAAUUUUUCUGGUUCUUAAUUUCCCCUGUUCUCUCUCCUCUAUGACCUCUACACGCAUAAAAACACACACACACACACACACACACUUUCUCUCUCCCUCUCUCUUUUUCUCUCUCACACACACUCACUCACUCACACUGAUAAAUCAGAGUCUACUCAUCGUACAUAUUUGAAUGUUGUCACGUGUGAAGCCUCUGAAACUUUAACAGCAAGUGUAAUGAGAGCCAUCUGUCUUGUUGUUUCUGCUUCCCCCAUCAGUCGGCUGCUAAUGUUAAAUCACACUGUAGACUUUCUAUGAUUGAUCCCCUCUCUCCAAAAUGGACUUGCUGAUUAUUUAUGAAUGCUGUGUAGCUGCUACAAACAGACACACACAUUCACAUGGGCUCUGUUCUUCUCUCUUUCUCCAUCUCUCUCUCUCUCUGUCUGACACACACAUGCACACACGCGCACACACACACACACACACACGCUCUGACUCUGAAAUCUGAUCUUGCUCUCCCUCAACACUAACAAUGUGAUAACGGAUAUAUUGUUGUUGGCCCUAUAUUGUGCUUGUAGCCUGCUCGACAUCAAUGAAAGCUGCGUUGCUCUAUCCUACCCUGAUGUGCCCUGGCUCAUAUUAUCGCUUCCCUGUCGAUCUUUUUUUAAUUUGUAUUUAUGGUGUGGUUAUGGCCUGACUUCAAAGGUCAUCUAUACAGACAAUUGCAAACCAUAUACAUACCCUACAGAUGCACUACUACUGUUACCACCAUUCUCUUGACUGGCACAUGUAAACAGUUAAUGGCCAUAUUUGCAAGAGUUUCCUUUGUUAAUUCUAUAUAUUUUUUACUUUGUAAAGAAUAAGAAAAAAAAUACUAUCUGACCGUGAGAUGUAAUAUAAUAUGCAGUAGUGUGGCUUUGUCCAUUUGCAUCACAGAGACUGAGUGUGUAUAAAUCUGUAGUCCUGAUUGUAGUUAUAGACCCCCUCCUUUCCCCCUCUCCCUCGCUCCUCUUUCCUGCUUUCUUGUAGUGUAGUGAGGUUUUAUUUUUUAUUUUCAAAAUCUGUCUUUCUCUUCUACCCCCCCCCCCCCCUCCCCCUCCUCCACCUACGUCCUCUCGAGUCCAAAUGGAAUGUUGAUGUGCUGGGCUGAUGACUUUGUUCUGAUUUUAACUGUAAAGAAAAACAAAAAUUCCAUAACAAGAUAUGAAAAUGAUGUUUGUCUGAAAUAAAACUCGAGUCUGUCCUG